AUGCUCGCGUUGAGCUCGUUGCUGCUGCUUCUCGGCGCAGCCGCCUCUUCGAGCGCUCUCACACCCGCCGACACCAAGCUCGUCAACAUCCUCGGUGCCCAGGGCAUCAACCUCCUGAAGCUCUCUCGCGCGCACACCCGCACCCACGCACGCCGCGACCAGGUUCCGCUCGCGGUUCAGCCUGCCGAAUUCGAGCCGCAUUGGUUCAGGCAGCCCUUGAACCACUUCUCCAACAACUCGGAGACGUGGCUGCAGCGGUACUGGAUCAACACGCGUCACUAUAAGCCGGGGACACACGCUCCCGUUAUCGUUAUUGACGGAGGCGAGACGAGCGGAGAGAACCGCUUGCCAUUCCUCGACACUGGCAUAGCGGACAUCCUGCCCAAAGAGAUUGGAGGGAUUGGUGUCAUUCUGGAACAUAGGUACCAUGGCGAAUCUCUACCCGUUCAGAACUUUACUACCGACUCCCUUCGGUUCCUUAACAACGACCAAGCGGCAGCAGACUCGGCCAACUUCAUGGCGAACGUCAAGUUUCCUGGCGUAGACGAAGACAUUACUUCACCAGGCAAUCCCUGGAUCUACUACGGAGGCUCUUAUGCAGGGGCCCGUUCAGCCCAUAUGAAGAUGCUUUACCCAGAGCUCGUCUAUGGCGCGAUUGCCUCAAGCGCCGUGACGCACGCAAGCCUCGAGAACUGGGAAUACAUGGAGAUCGUCCGCGAUGCUGCGGACCCGAAGUGCUCCCAGCACCUCGAGAACGCAAUUGAGACCAUCGACUCGAUCCUCACGCGUGGCGAUGACACGAUCAGCAAGGUCAUGAAGAACAGGCUUAAGGCGCUGUUCGGUCUGCAAGACUUGGAGCAUGAUGAGGAUUUCGUCGCGCUGAUUGAGUCGCCGCUUGGAUACUGGCAAGCAAAGAACUGGGAUCCUGCAGUCGGGAGCACAAAGUUCGAUGAGUUUUGCAAAUCUCUUGACAAGCCUAUCGUGCCCCACGUGACAUUCCGCAAUCUACUCGCAAUCAACGAGACUCUCCACUUUAACGAGACCGAACAAAUUGUAACCUUUCAGGAAGGGUUUCAGGUCGCCUUCGCGAUGCUUAACUAUGCGGAGUAUAUCAGAACUAAUUUUGUCUCGCUUUGCCCUGUUGAAGCUGGCGCAACGAUUGAAGAGUGCUUUGGCACGUAUGACAACUCGGCAUAUGAAGGAACAUCGCUGGAGGAUACCUGGAGACUCUGGCUCUUUCAGGUCUGCACCGAGUGGGGGUACUUCUCUACUGCGCCGCCAGUUGGCUACCCUCGCAUCGUUUCAAGCUUGUUGACCCUGGAAUAUGAAUCCAAAAUUUGCGAACAGGCGUUCCGCCCUGGCAAGCACUUCCACGUGCCCAAGUUGCCGAAUAUCACAGUCGUGAAUGUGCUCGGCGACUUUGGCAUUGCAGAUGAUAGGCUUGCGUUCAUCGACGGCGAUGUUGACCCUUGGAAGCCCUGCACUCCGCACAGCAUGUAUGCUGCCCCGCGCAAAGAUACUAUCCUCCGUCCCUUCAAGCUCAUACCCGAGGGCGUGCAUCAUUACGACGAGAAUGGCCUGCAGCACCGCGAAGAUGAGCCGCUGCACAUCCAAAAGAUUCAUCGCGAAAUUGUGGAAUUUGUGAAGGCCUGGCUCAAGGACUGGAAGCCGCCCAAGAAGGACUGACAUACUCACAAACUGCUAUGUCCGGAUGUAUAGCGUUGGCAAUCACAGGAACAAUUGAGUUUGAGUUGACC